GGGUGGCAGCCGGCGGUGCAUGCGCGCAGGCUGUGUUUGGCCGUUGCCGUGGCAUCGAUCCGCAGGCGGCGGCGAUGGGGCCGAAGCGGCUGCUGCUGCGAUACUUCCCACCGGGAAUUAUCCUGGAAUAUGUAGAAGAUAGUGAGCUGAAGACCAGAUCUAUAGAUCUACUUGAUCUUAGUCCUCAUACAGAUGUCAUUGCCUUAGUAGAAGAAAUUCAAAAAGAAGAACCUCUCAUCACAGCUUCUUGCAAGGAACACGUCAUACAUUUAAUACAAAGACUGCAAGAGAAACUAGGGGAACAAGAGGACCACAAAUUCUAUCUUUUUAAGGUACUUAGGGCACAUAUAUUGCCACUGACAAACGUAGCAUUCAACAAAUCUGGUUCCCGCUUUAUCACAGGAAGCUACGACAGAACCUGCAAAGUAUGGGAUACUGCAUCAGGAGAAGAGCUGCAUACACUAGAGGGACACAAAAAUGUUGUUUAUGCGAUAGCUUUUAAUAAUCCCUAUGGUGACAAGAUUGCCACUGGAUCUUUUGAUAAAACCUGCAAACUGUGGAGUACUGAAACAGGAAUAUGUUAUCAUACUUUCAGAGGACAUUCUGCAGAAAUAGUAUGCUUGUCGUUUAAUCUCCAAAGCACGUUGGUGGCAACUGGAAGCAUGGAUACCACUGCCAAAUUAUGGGAUAUAGAGAAAGGAGAAAUAGUAUUUACUUUAAGAGGGCACUCAGCAGAAAUUGUUGCACUGUCUUUUAACACCACUGGAGACAGAAUUAUCACCGGCUCCUUUGACUGCACAGUAGGAGUGUGGGAUGUUGUCACCGGCAGGAUGUUGCAUGUUUUAAUAGGCCAUCGAGGAGAAAUCAGCAGUGCUCAGUUCAACUGGGACUGUUCUCUUAUUGUCACUGGAUCCAUGGACAAAACAUGCAUGCUGUGGAAUGCUAUGACUGGCACACAUAUAGCAACCUUAACAGGUCACAGUGAUGAAAUAAUGGAUGUCUGCUUUGAUUAUGCUGGCCAGCGUAUUGCAACUGCCUCUGCUGAUGGAUCAGGAAGAGUCUACAAUGCAGAAACAAAAAAGUGCAUUGCAAAACUAGAAGGGCAUGAAGGUGAGAUUUCAAAGAUAUGCUUCAACCCUAAAGGCAAUCGUAUUCUAACAGCCAGCUCUGAUAAGACAGCUCGACUCUGGGAUGCUGCUACUGGACACUGCCUUCAGAUAUUAGAGGGCCACACUGAUGAGAUAUUCUCCUGUGCUUUCAAUUACGGAGGCAAUAUAAUCAUUACAGGGAGCAAGGAUAACACCUGUAGAGUAUGGCACUGACUGAAGAAAAGGAAAGAUCCAGUGUGGUAUGUGCUUACAUCCUGAGUUUUGUAGUCAAUAAACUCACUCUUUCAGAUAUGCUUUAUUUUUAGACGUUUGUUUCUGCUCUGCUUGAGUAGCCAAGUUACUUGAAUUUGGGUAGGUUUGACUUGUUGACACCUCGUAGCUACAGAUUCACAGAAUAGUCGAAUUUGGAAGAGCCCUCUGGAGAUCGUCUAGUCCGCUAGUCCUGCUCAGAGCAGUGUGAGCUCAGUGUGCUGCCCAGGAACACAACAGUGGGUUUUGGCUGUCUACAAGGAUGGAGAUUCAGCAGUUUCUCUGGGCAGCCUACUUUGAUCUUUUUUUUCAUUCAUGCUUAAAUGGAGUGCUUUCUCUGUGCCUGUUUCAUGCCUGUUGCCUUUUCACACAAUGCCACUGAUAAGAGUCUGGCUCCAUAGUCUCUGUUACCUGAGAGGAACUGUGAAUGACUGAAUACAGUAGGAUGCCCAUGUUUCUGUGUGUUAUUGUUCCCUUGUAGCCUUUUAAAUAAAAACAAACAAACAAGAAACCAAACAGCACUACUGUACUCUCAGGAGUGGAAGUUGUGUUGUUAGCUACCUAUCUUGAGUACUCUUUGUUUACUUUUUUUCAUUAAAAUAUUGAGUUAAA